GCCUCACUGCCCGCCAUCUGCCUCCGGAACUGAAAGUGAAAGUGCGCGGCCGGACACAUUAGAGUGAGGCACCGCGACUGACAGCGUGGGGCAGAGACUUUAGACGUGGUACCGGCCGGGGCUGCUCCUGCACUGCCCAGCUCUGGUCGCCAUGAGUCUCGCUCUACACGAGCUGCUGCUCUGCUGCCGCCAGAUAGAAACUGACAAGGCCACUGAAAGAAGGAAAGAAAUAGAGAAGUUUCGGAGGCUCCUUAGAGAUUCAGAGACAGUUCAGCAGUUAGAUCAGAACUCUGACAAGCGGCAAGCUAAACAACUCAACUGGGACACAGUAUUCAGGUUUUUGCAGAAAUAUGUCUACAAAGAAAUGGAAAGCAUUAAAUCCGCAAAGCCCAGUGUUUCUCAGACUACACAAAGCACCCGGAGGAAGAAGAUGCAAGACAUUAGUAGCGUGGUCAAAGAUUUUAUUCGAUGUGCAAAUAAGCGAGGCCCAAGGUUAAAAUGUACUGAGCUUUUAUUGCAUGUGAGCAACACUGUGAGAGACCCAACAACAUGUUCUGCAUAUGGGGCAGACUACAGCAGCAUCUUGCUGAAAGAUAUCCUGUCUGUCCGCAAAUAUUGGUGUGAGAUAACUUCACAGCAAUGGGAAGACUUAGUGACCCUCUACUUCAGCUUGUAUCUAAAACCAGAGAGCACUGUGAACCGCUUGCUAGUUGCUAGAAUAAUUCACACUCUGACCAGAGGAUGCUGCCAGCAGACUGACGGACUGCACUCCCUGUUCUUCCAAUUUUUUUCAAAGACAAUGAAGAGAGUCAGGGAUGAGAGAAACCCACCUGGUCUGGAUCAGAUCCUCUCUGCUCUGAAUGUGUUCCUUACCAGCGCCUCAGGGAAUUGCCGGAUGCGAGUGUGCAGGCUGGGGGAGGACUUGUUCCUCACUGUAUUGCGGAUCUGGACAAUUCAAAGGCCUAAAGAUGCACUGAAGGAGGAGAUUGUGGAGUUCUUCAGGUUACUUCUUCGAAUUCAUCAUCCAAAAGGAGCCAAGACUGUAGAUGAAGGUGCUUACGCUUUUGAUCCAGACAGAUGGAAAAGGAACUUGUACAACUUAUAUGACACACUGGUAAAUGAGAUCAGCCAGAUAGGCAGCAGAGGGAAAUAUUCCUCAGGCUCCCGAAACAUUGCAGCCAAGGAAAACUUGAUUGAGUUGAUGGCUGACAUUUGUCAUCAGCUAUUCACUGAAGACACUCAGGUGCUGGAUAUCACACAGGCUGCUUUCCUAGUGACCCAAAGGGAACCAUCUGGAGCCCCCAGCAAGCGCAGAAGGAUUGAACUUGGGUGGGAAGUGCUACGUGACAACCUUCAGAAGUCCCAUAAAGAUUUUGAUAUCAUCCCUUGGUUACAAAUUGCAACCUGCUUGAUUGCCCGAUACCCAGUGAGCCUGCCUAGCAAUGAGCUGACUCCAUUACUGACGGUUCUACACCAGUUACUUGCCCAGCAGAGACGAGGCGAGAGGGCCGCUUAUGUGCUUCGCUGCCUAAAAGAGGUUGCCGUUUGUCAAAAGCAAAAAACAGAUGUGAAGAUCACACCAAAAUCAGAUCUGUACAAACUGUGGUCUAAAAUCUGGGCUGUUACGUUGCGUAGCAUCAGUUCUCCCCAAACAGAAGAGGAAAGUUUUGCCUUACUGGGCUCCAUCUUACAAGGAGGUCUAAUACCGGCUGACACAGAUUUCUGGAAGAUUUUUUCAGGAGCUGCUGCCAAACCAUCCAGCCCUGGGGUUCAUUGCUUGGCUGUGGCCCUCACCUCAUGUUGCCUCCCGGAGCACGUCAGUGUGGGUUUCGAUAAUCCCAUGCAUGAAGCCAAUGGCACUCGAAGCUCUCUGAAAGAAGAAAUCAUAAAAUGGCUGUUGUUUGGUCAUCUGGAUGAUGAAAUGGAAGACACUAAUGAGCUUUCUCCUGUCAUAAGCAAGGACUUCUCCUACCCUGCUCUUCAGAAAAUUCUUGUGAGUCUGACAAUGAAGGACUCCAGAGCUGCUAUGAAAUUCUUCACAAGCCUUUCUCAGUGCUCACACAUCAAAAAGGAAAAUGACGCCAGUUUUGCAGAUACAGAAGAACUAUACUUACAUACCUCAUUUAGUGAAAUUCCAGGGGGGCCUCAUGUGGGUCCUAUGGACGCUGACAGAAAUGGAAGCUCUCCCUGCCUGACUGUGAAUUUAGCUAUAAGAGAGAAACUGGAGCAAGACCUGCUCACCGUGUCUGAGCAGCAACUUAACUCCUACUCCUCUGAGGCCACUCCACCUGUCAAUCUUGUCCGAUGUGCCUGCCUUUUGACUGGGGUAUUGGGUUGUUACCGCUAUGCAGAUAUUAUCACUGAAGAGGAUGCCCUUAAAUCCAAUUUAUUUCAAAAAGCCAAGAUGCUGAUGCAGUGUGCUGGGGAGAGCAUUGCAUUCCUGAAGGCAAAACUGAAUGAGGAUACCAAGAUCAGCUCCUUGGCAGUGCUGUUAACUCAGUGUGUGGCCUGUGUAUGUAACUGUGCAAAGAACAGUCCCAUGUGGUUCCUCACAGAUUUUUUCCUACGUCUUUUAACCCCAAGAAUGUUAAAUGACUUGACAGACAUCAGUAAACAUUUACUUACCAACACUGGAGGAUCGGUGGAGGCCGGUGAGCAUGAUUUAAUAGAUGAUACAGAUUCCAGAAUGGAGACAGAAGACCAGGGAGCUGUGGACCUGUUUGAUGAUCAUUGUGUUGCUGAACCAGCUGAAAACAUGGAGUUUGGGGAGCUUCAGAAUGUUACUGGAGCAGUGAGCCCCCUGUCGGAGGAACAUCUCACCAAGCCGGAGGCUGUCCUGCUGCAGAUCCUGGAGUUCCUUUGCCUUUGUACAUCUGCUGCUCAGAAUCACACAGUCAACUUCCGACCUUCAGAUACCCGCAGAAAGCUGUUAGCCCUGAUUGAUAACAAUGCUCUGGACAUUAACAAGCCGCUGCACCUUCAUGUGUUCUUACAGCUCUUAAAUGAGCUGCCCAAAGCUGAUGUGCCACUGCCUGUUGAUGAAAUUAUAACGUUGCUGAAGCCACUUAAUGAAGUGUGUUCUUCCUAUCGCCGAGACCAGGAUGUCUGUGCGGUUAUACUAAAAAAACUGCUCCCCGUGGUCAGCUGUCUAGGGCAGGAACCAAUGGACACAGAUGAAACAUAUGAUGCUCAGGAGCAACUCCUGAAUGUUAUUCAGGCAUUUUGGAUUUUAACAAAAGAUGGAAAAUACACUGCAGUGGUCCGUGCCUCUCUGGUGAAUUGCAUGAAGGCCCUGCUAGAGGUUGACCCUCAGUCUAAGUGGGCUAUUCUUACAGUUGAUGACCAGGAUGUUCCUGUGAGAGACAUUUUCCCAGCUUUUCUGGCUGACUGUCAUCACCAGGUCCGCUUUCAUACUACAGUGUCCAUAAGCAGAUUGUUCCAGGAUGUAAAAGCACAAGCCCUUCCUCUACAGCUGCAGCAGAAGGCAUUUGAUAACGUUUACCUGAAGGUUCAAGAAGGAAUGCGCUAUCUGUCUCGUAGCAGCUGUGACCCAGAUGAGCUCCCUGAUGAAACCUGGAACCGAAGAUCUACGUUGCUGAUGUUGAUAUCGAUGAUUCUGCGGUGUAGCCCAGUGUGUGAGAAGCAGGCUCUGUUUGCCAUCUGUCAGUCUGUGAAAGAGAAUGGGCUGGACCCUCAGCUUAUCAGAAAGGAGCUGGGCAGGGUUUCUGCUGCUCUGGGAUACAGAGGAGUAAAGGACUUCAUGGCUUCCCAUUUAGACUAUCUGAUCCUUGAGUGGCUUCGAAUGAAGGUUUCUGGGUACAGUCUCUCAACAUUCCCAUACAUCUUGCUAAAUUACUCCUCUCUCAAUGAGUUUUACAGAUCUUGUUACAAAGUUCUUGUCCCCCAUCUGGUGAUAAGGAGUGAAUUUGAAGAGGUGAAGGCCCUUGCUACGUGCAUUGAGGAGGACUGGAAGCUUCUGCUUGAUGAUUGCUUUCCCAGAAUUCUAGUGAACAUCCUCCCCUACUUUGUCUCCGAAUGUGCUGCUGAUGAUGAAGAGAUGGCACAAAAGAGAGAGGUUGCUACUAAAGUAUAUGACUUGCUGCUAGAUGAAAGCUGUUUGGGCAAGCAGCAAAUCGACAACUUGUUCUUCCGAAAUCUUCCAGAGAUUGUGGUGGAGCUGCUGAUGACACUGCAUGAAACUUCUAGCAGCAGCGCCAGAGAGGACCCUGAUGUGAUACAGUUUGCAGGGGAACUGGAUCCAGCCCCAAACCCCCCUUAUUUUCCAUCAUCUGUUAUCAAGGCAACAUUGCACUACAUCAGCAGCUGCCACAAAAGCAAAAUGAAAAGUCUGGUAACAAUAUUGUCCAAGACCCCGGAUUCAUUUCAGAAGAUAUUGCUGGCUAUAUGCAAUGAGGCUGCGGAAACAAACAAUGUGUACAAGAAGCACCGCAUUCUCACUAUCUAUCACCUGUUUGUUAAUCUGCUACUUCUGGAAAUAAAAGAUGGUCUGGGCAAUGCUUGGGCAUUUGUUCUAAGGGACAUCAUUUACACCAUAAUCCAUCACAUCAACAGCAGACCUGCGCCCUGCAAAAUGGAUGAUGUAUCUACGCGCAGUCUCUUGCUUUGCCUCGACCUUUUGCACCGAGUUUGCCAAGCAGCUGUCACUCACUGCGGAGAUGCUUUAGAGAGUCACCUCCAUGUCAUUGUGGGCAGUCUGAUACCUUUGGCAAACAGUCAGGAAAGAAUUCAAGAAAAGGUGUGCGACUUGCUGAACUUCCUGGUGAUAGAGAACAAGGACAAUGAGAAUCUCUAUCAUACCAUUACACUUCUGGAUCCCUUCCCUGACAUUCCUCUCUUUAAGAACCUGCGUCAGGCCCAUCAAAAAACCAAGUACAGCAAAGGCCCAUUCUCCCUUCUAAAGGAAAUUCAGAAUUUUCUCUCUGUCAGCAUCUGUGAUUCCCUUCCCCUGACCAGACUAGAAGGACUCAAUGACCUGAGGAAACAGUUAGAGCAACAUAAGGAUCAGAUGAAGGAGCUUGUGAGAGAUUGCCAAGGAACCCCCCAGGACAGUGUUAUAGCAAGUCUAGUAGUGAAUCUGUUACAGCUCUCCAAGAAUGCAGUGCAUCAGUCUAAUGGGAAAGAGGUUCUAGAAGCUGUUGGCAGUUGCCUUGGAGAAUUAGGACCUAUUGACUUCUCCACCAUUGCUCUCCAGCACAAAAACGAUUCGGUCUAUUUCAAAGCAGACAAAGUCUUUGAAGAAAAAGAGCUUCAGUGCGUCCUGGUCAUGCUGACAUUAAUAAAUAAUGCCCUGACGGAUCACUGCAUCCAGGUUCGGUCGGCAGCUGCUACCUGCUUAAAAAACAUUCUGGCCACAAAAACUGGCACUAUGUUUUGGGAGGCCUGUAAAGACAAAGGGGAACCAAUGCUUCUCUACUUCCAGCCUUUCCGUGUUCCGAAGAAAAAAUUUCUGGAAGUGGAAGAAAUUCAGAGAGCUGGUGCUAUGGAAAGCCUGGAUGACCCCUGUAUCUGGAUCCCUCAGAACGGAAACCAUGAGAGUUGGAUAAAACAUCUGACUUGCACUUUGCUGGAGAGCGGUGGGGUGAAGAGUGAAGUUCUGCUCCUAUUAAAGCCUUUAUGUGAGGUGAAAGCAGAUUACUGUCAGGCAGUGGUGCCUUAUCUUCUACAUAACAUUCUUCUAAAUGACCCCAAUAACACGUGGAGGGCUCUUCUCUCAAAGAACGUCCAGAGGUUUUUCACCUCAUGUUGCCAAUCUCUGCCAACGUCAAGUAGAUCAGCUACUCCAGCAAGUUCAGAUUCAGAAUCGGACGUGCUGGCACGUGGGGCCAUAGACAUUGCUUCCAGGAGGACGAUGCUAUCUGUGAUCGAAUACUUGCGCAAACAAAGGAGGCCGGUGCCAGGAACAGCUUUUGAUGACAAUUUCUGGUUGGACUUAAACUACCUCGAAGUGGCAAUGGCUGUCCAGUCCUGCGCCGCACACUUCACUGCUUUACUCUACUCUGAAAUCUAUGCCGAUAAGAUCAAACAGGAUGGUGAACAGCGAGCAAGUACAAACAGGUCCAAUGCACGCAAAUGCCUGAAAUUUGAAGAGGGUAGUCAGACAUUGGAUAUUACUGGCCUGAGUGAGAAAAGCAAAGAGGAGACUGGGAUAAGCUUACAGGACCUGUUGAUGGAUAUCUAUAGGAGCAUUGGGGAGCCUGACAGCUUGUAUGGCUGCGGUGGUGGAAAAAUGCUCCAUCCUCUUGCAAGAAUCCGCACUUAUGAACAUGAGGCUAAAUGGGGAAAAGCAUUGGUGACCUAUGACCUGGAAAUGAACCUCCCUCUGGUUACCCGCCAGGCAGGGAUUAUGCAGGCUUUACAGAACUUUGGGCUCUCCCAUAUACUUUCUUCUUAUUUACGAGGACUCGAACAUGAAAAUGCAGAAUGGACCUCAGAAAUGCAGGAAAUCCAUUUCCAGGCUGCCUGGAGGAACAUGCAGUGGGACGACUGCUCACAGACAAAGAACGAGACCUGUGGACCUGGUUACCAUGAAUCGCUCUAUCGGGCCGUACAGUCACUGAGGGACAAGGAAUUCUGUGGCUUUCAUGAGCAUAUAAAAUACGCCAGGGUUAAGGAGGUGGAAGAGCUGUGCCGGGGCAGCCUGGAAUCUGUGUACUCUCUCUACCCUGCGCUGUGUCGGCUACAAGCUAUCGGGGAGCUUGCAAGUGUGGGGGAGAUGUGCUCCAGGUCCAUCACUGACCAUGGGUUAAUGGAUACUUACUUGAGGUGGCAGAGGCAAUCCCAGUUUCUAAAAGACAGUGAUUUUGAAUUCCUUGAGCCCGUCCUGUCCCUACGGUCUGUGAUUCUGGAAACGCUGCUACAGGAGGAGAAGAAGCAACCCAGCCAGGAGUCCCUGAAGAACAUCCUAACUAAGCACCUGGUGGAUUUAUCUAGAAUAGCCCGGAGCGCUGGAAACACACAGCUUCCAGAGAAAGCCAUGUUCCAGAUCAAGCAGCAUAACCCCAGUCCGUUUGGUGUGUCUGAGUGGCAGCUCGAAGAGGCUCAGAUCUUCUGGGAUAAAGAGGAGCCAAGCCUAGCGCGGGUGAUACUCAAGCAAAUGAUUAAUAAGCUGGAAUUAAACAGCUUUGAGACUGAGAAUGAUUCCACCCUUCGCUUGCUCUAUGCCGAGUGUCUGAGGUUAUGUGGAAACUGGCUGGCAGAGACCUGCUUGGAGAGUCCCACAGUCAUCAUGCAGAAUUAUCUAGAAAAGGCUGUGGAAGUUGCUGAGUACCCUGAUGGGGCCGGAGAGAAGCUGCAGGAGGGCAGAAUGAAGGCCUUCCUGUCUCUAGCUCGCUUUUCUGAUGCCCAGUAUCAGAGGAUUGACAACUACAUGAAGUCCUCUGAGUUUGAGAACAAACAGGCCUUGCUGAGAAAAGCCAAGGAGGAAGUUGGUCUAAUGAAGCAGCACAAGGUUCAGACCAAUAGGUACACGGUGAAGGUGCAGCGAGAGCUGGAGCUGGAUGAAUGUGCCAUCCUGGCGCUGAGGGAGGACAGAAAGCGGUUCUUGUGCAAAGCAGUAGAGAACUACAUCAGCUGCCUCGUUUCUGGAGAGGAACACGACAUGUGGAUCUUCCGCCUUUGCUCCCUCUGGCUUGAGAAUUCCGCAGUGUCGGAAGUGAACAGUAUGAUGAGGCAAGAUGCCCAGAGGAUCCCAUCCCACAAAUUCCUGCCUCUGAUGUACCAACUGGCUGCUCGUAUGGGCACCAAGAAGAUGGGAAACCUGGGAUUUCAUGACGUCCUUAAUAAUCUGAUUGGUCGGAUUUCAAUGGACCACCCACAUCACACGCUGUUUAUUAUCCUGGCUCUGGCCAAUGCAAACAAAGACGAUCAGCUGAUGAAACCGGAGGCUGUGAAACGGGGCCGGCUCACCAAGAAUGCCCCCAAACAGAUCUCCCAGCUAGAUGAGGAUCGCAUGGAAGCCGCGCGCCACAUCGUCGAUACCAUAAAAAAGCAGAGGACUAACAUGGUGCGAGAUGUGGAGAGACUCUGUGAUGCCUAUAUAACCCUUGCCAACAUGGAUGCCAACCAGUGGAAAUCCCAGAGAAAUGCCAUCCCCAUCCCAUCAGACCAACCCAUCACUAAACUGAAUAAACUGCAUGACGUUGUGAUUCCAACUAUGGAAAUCAAGGUUGACCCCAGUGGGAAGUAUGAAAACCUGGUGACAAUCGUAUCUUUUAAACCUGAGUUCCGCCUGGCCGGGGGCCUUAAUCUGCCGAAGAUAAUUGACUGUGUCGGCUCCGAUGGGAAAGAGAGGAGACAGCUUGUCAAGGGCAGAGAUGACCUGAGGCAAGAUGCAGUCAUGCAGCAAGUGUUCCAGAUGUGCAACACAUUAUUGCAGCGCAACAGCGAGACGAGGAAAAGAAAGCUGACUAUCCGCAGAUACAAGGUCGUCCCCUUGUCCCAGAGAAGUGGCGUGCUCGAGUGGUGCACGGGGACAGUUCCGAUUGGGGAAUACCUUGUCAAUGAGAAAGAAGGUGCACACAAGCGUUACCGCCCAAGGGAUUAUGGCAGCUUACAGUGCCAAAGGAAAAUGAUGGAGGUGCAGAGAGGACGCUUCGAAGAGAAGUACCAGACAUUUCUCGACAUUUCCGAGAACUUCCGCCCAGUCUUUCGCUACUUCUGCAUGGAGAAGUUUCUGGAUCCUGCCAUGUGGUUUGAGAAACGUUUAGCAUACACUCGCAGUGUGGCCACAUCCUCCAUAGUCGGCUACAUUGUUGGGCUCGGAGACAGACAUGUCCAGAACAUCCUUAUAGAUGAGGAGAGCGCUGAACUCGUACACAUUGACUUAGGAGUGGCUUUCGAGCAGGGUAAGAUUCUGCCUACACCAGAAACUGUUCCCUUCCGGCUCACAAGAGAUAUCGUGGAUGGUAUGGGCAUCACUGGAGUUGAAGGGGUUUUUAGAAGGUGCUGUGAGAAGACCAUGGAAGUCAUGAGGAACAACCAAGAAGCUCUUCUGACCAUUGUUGAGGUUUUACUCUAUGACCCGCUCUUUGAUUGGACAAUGAAUCCCCUUAAAGCUCUGUACCUGCAACAGGAUGAAGUGGAUUUCAAUGCCACCCUUGGUGGUGAUGACCCAGAAUGCAACAGAAAUUCAUGUGACAGCCAGAGCGUCAAUAAAGUGGCAGAGCGUGUUCUCCUGCGCCUUCAGGAAAAGCUGAAAGGAGUGGAAGAGGGGAUGGUUCUGAGUGUAGGGGGACAAGUCAAUCAUCUCAUCCAGCAGGCAAUGGACCCAAAGAAUCUCAGUAGGCUGUUCCCUGGCUGGAAGGCUUGGGUGUAGGUGAGGGAGUGGAGGAUAUUUGUUUAAUACAACUGCAGCACAUUGCAGUGACUGCUUUAAAAUGCAAUGGCUAUCAAAAGUAGUAUCCAUCUGUCCCCUUGCUAUUAUCUGUACUGCUGGUUCUGACUUGUGAAACUAGUGGAGCCUCCAGGACCCAAUCAGACCCCUCUAAUAGAGGGCCCAGAUAAGUGAUCAACAACUGCUGCUGAACCACAAUUCCCAAACAAUUCAGCCAUUGCCCUUUGUCCUCUGAUUGGUUGCCGUGGGUAUCUGCAUUGCUGCAAUUUAGCCCCUGUCUUAGUAAAUCAGCCCUCUCGUUUCAAGGUGAAUUGGUUCCACAAGGUCUUUAAUAGGCUAGUGCUGCAAUGGUUAUUAUUAACUGAUCAGAUGGUCUGUGAGUGGCUCCUCCAGCUCUCAGUAGCACCGCGGUGUAUAUCAGGUAUCUGGAAGGAGGCCAUGCAGUCCCGAAUAUAUGUAUAAAGCACUUUAGUGUAGCAUAGUGUGGCACAAAUGUAUUUUAGUUAUCUAAGAUUAAAUUGCAGUUGUGGCCUGAACAUUGUAGUUUUGGCUGCAGUAGCUAUUUCAUCAAUUGUUCUAUGUUCACUUCAGUGGGGAGUGAUUGAUUAAUUUCUUAAGAAAAAUGAUGGACUGUAUAUUUUGUUAUUAAUAAAACCAAAAAAUAUAAUAAAUCAUCUCUUGUAUUUA